GUCUGCUUCUUAACCCAAAUUUCAAAUGUGAAGUUGAACUGUCUCGAUUCAUACGUGACGCUAACUAGCUUUAAGGCACUAAACUCACACUGCGUCUCUUCUACAGAAUGAAGACCAUUCUCAGCAGUCAGACUGUCGAUCUCCCCGACAAUGUCGAGGUGAGGUUGAAGGGGCGGACGGUGACGGUCAAGGGGCCCCGUGGCAAACUCGUCAGAGAGUUUAACCACAUCAACCUGGAGCUCAGUCUGCUGGGCAAGAAACGUAAGAAGCUUCGUGUGGUGAAAUGGUGGGGAAACCGAAAGGAGCUGGCCACUGUCCGCACCAUCUGCAGCCACGUCCAGAACAUGAUCAAAGGAGUCACUUUGGGUUUCCGGUACAAAAUGCGUUCCGUGUACGCCCAUUUCCCAAUCAACGUAGUGAUGCAGGAGGGUGGCGCUAUGGUGGAGAUCAGGAACUUCCUGGGAGAGAAGUACAUCCGCCGUGUUAGAAUGAGGAGUGGUGUGAAUUGUGCUGUCUCCACUAACCAGAAGGACGAGCUGGUGCUGGAGGGUAACGACAUUGAGCUGGUGUCAAACUCUGCUGCUCUGAUCCAACAGGCCACCACAGUCAAAAAUAAGGAUAUCCGAAAGUUCUUGGAUGGUAUCUACGUGUCUGAGAAGGGAACAGUAGUGGAAUCAUCUCAGUAAAAACAGAGAGAAGACCACUGGUGCAGCGAGAGACCGGAAAAUUGUUCAUAUCCUCUUAUGGCCAAUAAAACUACCAAUUUUUCCAAUCGA